UUUUUUUCAAGUUGUUGUAUUAUUUUCUCUGUUACAUUUUCGUAUUUACUCAAUGACUACAAUAGAUGAACCAACAUUAAUUUGCAGCAAACUUAAUUGUUGCAGAUUCAGGAUUGAAGCGCGGCAGGAGAAAAGAAAUGGGAGCCGGUGGAAAUAUAUCAUCUUCAACAACUAAAACUAAGAAAAAUAAUCUCCGAAGAGCUCCAACUUCAAAACCCCCUUUUACAAUUGGUGAUAUAAAAAAGGCCAUUCCUCCUCACUGCUUUCAUCGAUCUCUUGUUCGCUCGUUCUCUUAUCUUGUUCGUGAUCUCAUACUUGUCUCCAUUUUUUACUACAUCGCCGCCACUUACUUCCAUCUCCUUCCAUCCCCGUAUAGUUACAUAGCAUGGCUGGUUUACUGGAUCGUUCAGGGUUGUGUUUGCACAGGAAUAUGGGUCAUUGGCCAUGAAUGUGGCCACCACGGCUUCAGUGAAUACCAAUGGGUAGAAGACACUGUUGGUCUUAUACUCCACUCUGCACUUUUAAGGCAGUACUUUGCCCGGAAACAUAGUCAUCGUCGUCACCAAGCCAACACUUGUUCCAUGGAGAAUGAUGAAGUCUACAUACCAAGGCUUAAAUCAAAACUAAGAUGGUACAACAAAUACUUGAAUAAUCCAGUAGGACGAGUACUCGUACUUGCCUUCACCCUUACUUUUGCCUGGCCUUUAUACUUGCUCUUCAAUAUCUCCGGCCAAACAUAUGACCGUUUUGUAUGUCACUAUAAUCCAUAUAGCCCGAUAUAUACUGAUCGCGAAAGGCUACAAAUCUACAUUUCAGAUGCAGGCGUGAUUGCAGCUACUUAUGUGUUGUUUCGCGUUGCUUUGGCACAAGAGCUAGCUUGGGUUGUAUGCAUAUAUGGGGUGCCCCUCCUUAUUGUAGAUGGCUUUAUAGUGCUAAUAACUCUUUUGCACCACACUCACUCUUCAUUGCCACAUUAUGAUUCGUCCGAGUGGGAUUAUUUAAGAGGAGCUUUAGCUACAGUAGAUAGAGAUUUUUGUAUGCUAAAUAAGGUCCUCCAUAACGUUACAGAUACUCAUGUUUUGCAUCAUAUAUUCUCAUAUAUACCGCAUUACCAUGCUAUGGAGGCAAACAAAGCUAUAACGCCAUUAUUAGGGGAUUACUACAAGUUAGAUGAUACCCCAAUUUUGAAGGCACUGUGGAGAGAUACAAAGGAGUGCAUACUAUGUGGAGAAAGAUAAAGGAUCUCAA